AGGUGCGCAUGCUCAGAAGUAAAGAGAUUAAUUCUUGUUAGUCUUAUGUAAAAACUUCUUAACUAUUUCCUUAACUUGAAAUUUCCUGGGCUUCAUUUGACCAUUUACCAACGAAAACGGAUCGCUACCACCUCCCAGGUAACUCUGGAAAUAACCAACAAUUUUAUUAUCCAUUGGGAGGGGGUUUUAAACAGGAAAAUAAUUACAACUAAAGCAAAAAUAGGGCGUUUGAAUUGCAGUUUGUUAACAAAAUAUGCCCGACUCUCCUCAAACGAGAUCGAGUCGAAAUAACAGAGGACAUCAAAGAGUUUGUCGUGUGUCCAGAUCUAAUCGUAGCGGGCGCUCUUCUCGCGUACAGCAGACUUCGUCGUCAUCAUCGUCUUCGUUGUCUUCUUGUUCGUCAAGUAAUUCACCUUUGACCCAUACUUCCAGUAUAAACACACUCAGUGGUAACGCUGCUGCUUGUGGGGUCACCAGCUUCACCAACACUGGUUUAUCUCCGCCUCCACCGCCGUACUAUCCAAAUCAUACCAACAGUUCUGUGGGUCUCGGAGGUUUCUGUCCUGUUUCAUCCACUUCUGGCACUGCAGUGACCUUAAACGGUGUCGGUCCGGCCAUUCAAUUACCGCAGUACACUGUACAUCCGUGUCAUUACGCUCUGCCGCCCUACUCCAGCGCAAUUGCCCUCACGCCUACCAACAACUCGGCCGUUACGUCGCACGUCACAUCUAGACCAUCGUCGAAUUCCUCAGCUACAGCCACCAUGACCACAUCGCCUUUUUACGGGGGUGUAGGUGCACCCCCACCACCGCCGUCUUACACGGCUCUGCCGAGAGUCAGCAGUGGACAUCACCACCACCGCCAUCACACUAGUGCCAACGCGAACAGUAACAAUAACAACAACAGCAGCAACAGACACCACUAUAGCGGUAGCGGUAAUAAUAACAGCAGCAAUAACAACCACCAUCAUCAUCACAACAACAACAAUGCAAUGAACACGGGUUCAAAUGCUUCUACUGCUGUCACGUCCGCCAGUUCUGUUUCAUCUUCAAGUACCACACUGAGUUUGGGUAACAGCGGAGGAGGCGGCGGUGGUGGUAGUAGUGGUGGUGGCGGUCAUUCGUCGUCUUCUCUGGCAUCUUUUUCUGUCGGUCACCAUGGCUACCACCAUUUGUCGUCGGCACCGUCGUCCACCGGGGGUGGUGGCGGCGGUGGUGGUCUCUUUUCAUCGGCCGCUUCGGCUGCGGCGUUCAUCUCUUCUGGGCACCAUCACAACCAUCGGCGACUGCUAAAGCAUCGCGAGCGUAACAUACUUUCAGCUGUGGUCAGUAUGCUUGUCAUUGUGGUUUUGUGCACGGCCCUCGUUGAACCCAAUUGGAUUGCUGUGUCGGGAGGUGGCUGCAAGGAGAAACACCUCGGAGUUUACCAGUUCUUUUAUCCCGGUUACUUCCUUGAUCAUCGGGCAUCGUUACCAAUGAACAUAGAAAGCAACAGCCAGACUGCUGUCGAGGUCAUGGUACCAAAUGAAGAGAAAUCCAGUAAAAUGGUAACCGGAUUUAGUUACAAAUAUGGACCGGGUAAUGACGAAGUAUUAGUAGACUGUAUCACCUUGAAAGGGGUGUGGUUAAUGAAAUCUAUUAUUGUCUUCACAUUCCUGGCUAUUGCAUGGAGUUUGUGUUCAUUCUUCCUGGACCUUCUUGGGCCAACACAAAGGGGUCUAAAGCUUAUCCACAGAAAUGCUAUAUCCAGCAUCACAACAGUAAUUAUCUGUGUCCUAAUUAAUGGGCUUUGCUAUCUGUUGACGAUUGAAGUAAAAGAUUUACAGUUGAACACCAAGCCAUAUCCAGGCAACCGUGUCUCUGUGACUUUCUCCGUUUCCUUCUACCUGAUUGCGACAGCCGGUGGCCUGGCCGUACUUGGCACAGCUUGUAACUGUCUCCGUCAUUAUCCAGUACGUGUCACGUCUGACCCAGAACCAUUACUUGAUGACUAUGACCGAUUGGAGCAGGUGUUUUACCCACCUGGGCCACUACCAGAGAUUGCCUCUAUGACCCCUAUGGUCCCACCACCUGCCUAUAGUCCCUAACUUAUUUUUUAUGUAACACAAUUGUUUUUCCCUUCCCCAAUUUUAUUUUUUAGACAUUUCUUUUUGUUUUUGUUUCUAUGCCCCCUUGCCCCAUUUCCCCAUUCUCAAAUCCUUCUGCAGAAAUGAAGCUUGUCUGAUGUGCUGCCUACCUGUGAAGUUUGCAUGUAUUGAACAUCUGGAGGACAUUCAAACAGAUGUGCAAACAUCUGUUGUUGAAGUGUCUGGAGAACCCCAAAGGAGCCGAAAAUCUUUUUAUCUCAUUCUUCUACUAAUUAUUUUGUAAAAAAAAAUUUCAUGAUUUUUUCUUUUUCAUUUUUUUUUUUUUGUUGAGUUGUUCAAUUCUCCCCUUCUGGAUAUUUAAAAACAUUUUAUAAGUGUUUGUUGACUACAAACAGAUGGCAUUAUAAUUAGUGUUGUUGUUUGACACCUGAUCAGCACUGACAGGAAGGUCUUACGAUCAGAGACGUUCCAACCAGGACCAUCCCAACUUUUUAGAGCUAUUCUUGCAGGACUACAAUAUCCAAAAUGUCUGUCCUUCUUUUUUCAGAUGGUAGUAUGUGAUUUGAAGAAAAUUUGGCUUCUAUAUCUAGCAGGUCAAAAGACAAUUACAGGCACAUAUUUUUAUUGGCUCAUUUAAUAUCAGUGUUAGUCAAACU